AUCAGCCAAAGUUUGUUUUUCUCCCAAAUUUCGCGAAAGAUGACUGAAAGUAACCGAACCAAGUCGCAGAAUCGUCGCAAUUGCUGCAUUUCUCAUGAAUUCGUCGAUGCAGCCUCCAUAAACCCUGACAAAAUCGCGGUGAUUCAUGCCUCGGGCUGGGCGGCGAGGAUUGAGCCGGAACCGGAAUCACUUGAACCUUUUGAUCCUCCGUCGCGCACAUCAUCGCCUGUUUACGACGGAGACAAAUGUUUCACAUUCGCCGAGGUUUCUUCUUCCAUUGAUUCCCUCACCUCUCGUCUCCGUCGUAUUCUCAAUGUUACCGGUCACAAUGAUCCUUACCUCAUCAGACCACGAUUUCAAGAGAAACUUGACUUCGAAGCUGAUGAUUCAGAUGUUUAUAUACCAAAGGUAUUGGCUUUAUAUAUGCCACCUUCAGUUGAAUACAUAAUCAGUGUUUUCUCUGCUUUGAGAUGUGGAGAAGCGUUUUUACCUUUGGAUCCUUCAUGGCCAAGAGAAAGGGUAUUGUCUAUUAUUGCCUCUUCCAAUGUUGCUCUUGUUAUUGCUUGCGGCUCUUCUUUCGAUCGAUUCGGGUCUAAGCCGCUCGAGAGAUCACAUUGGCUUGUGGGAAGCGUCGUUUGUCCUAUGUUGUUCUUUUCGAUGAGUGAAAGAUUGAGUGCGGAAACUGGUGGAUCAAGUUUUGUUUGGCCUUGCAAUAUAGAGAGGCAAAGAAAUUUUUGUUAUCUGAUGUAUACCUCUGGAUCCACUGGGAAGCCAAAAGGAGUAUGUGGCACUGAGCAAGGACUUUUAAAUCGCUUCCUGUGGAUGCAAAAGCUGUAUCCUAUUGUUGGAGAGCAGCAAUUGGCUUUCAAGACUUCAGUUGGUUUUAUUGAUCAUCUGCAGGAGUUUCUUGGUGCUAUUCUUAAUUCCAGACCACUAGUCAUCCCUCCAUUUACUCUUCUAAAAGAGAAUAUGUUAUCCAUCAUUGAUUUUCUUGAGGCGUAUUCUAUCAGUAGGCUCGUAGCUGUACCAACGAUGAUCAGAGCUAUUCUACCAAGUUUACAAUAUCGUGGACACAAUAAGCUCCAAAGUUGCCUGAAGCUGGUAGUCUUAAGCGGCGAACCCUUUCCUGUGAGCCUGUGGGAUUCACUUCACAACCUACUUCCCGAAACAUGUUUUCUGAAUCUAUAUGGGAGCACAGAGGUAUCAGGGGACUGCACUUAUUUUGACUGCAGUGAGUUGCCAACACUUUUGAAGACCGAGAUGAUUGGUACUGUUCCUAUUGGCAAGCCAAUAUCCAAUUGCAAAAUUGUACUUUUUGGGGAUGAAGAUAAACCCUGUGAGGGAGAUAUAUGUGUGGGUGGUAUCUGUCUUUCGCAAGGAUACCAGCAUUCCUCAAUAGAGUCCCAAGGCUACGUGAAGCUACAUAACAACAACUCAUUAUGUAAUCAUAUAACCAAUGAUUGUGGAAGUCAGCUUUAUUAUAGAACUGGUGAUUACGGCCGAAAACUUUCUAGCGGUGAUUUAAUUUUUACUGGGAGAAGGGAUCGAACGGUUAAACUCAAUGGACAGCGCAUGGCCCUUGAAGAGAUUGAAACAACUCUAGAACUAAAUCCAGAUGUUUCUGAAGCUGUUGUUCUACUUAACAGAGAUCAGACAGAGCUUGCUUCACUUGAGGCCUAUUUGGUACUGAACAUGAAAACCAAGUCCGAUGAUGGUAUCAUAUAUGCUAUAAAAAAUUGGAUGCGCGAAAAACUUCCUCCGGUGAUGAUUCCUAACCAUUUUGUUUUGGUGGAAUCACUACCAAGUACUUCAAGUGGAAAAGUUGAUUAUGAAGCACUAUCAAGGUUGAAAGGUCCUAGAACCCAUGCUGAAGAUAUGACACGUACCAAUGGAAGUAAUAGUUUAUUGCAAACUAUUAAAAAGGCCAUUUGUGAUGCAUUACUGGUCAAAGAAGUUUCAGAAGAUGAUGAUUUCUUUGCGAUUGGUGGAGACUCUUUAGCCGCAGCACAUCUUUCUCAUAGUCUUGGUAUUGAUAUGAGAUUGAUUUACCAAUUUCGAAGUCCAUCUAAGCUUUUGAUCCAUCUGUCAGAGAAGGAAAGAAAGUUAACAGAAGAUAUGCAACACAUCACCACUCUGAAGCUAGACCACAAGAGAGAAAGCCAGAGUGGUAAUGAGUUUGUUAGUAGAACUAUUCCACUUCAUUCUGCUGUUAUAUCCGACCCAACACCUUUAAGCGAGAAAAACGUGUCUACAAAGCGGUUGAAAACUGAUUCAGAACAGUUUUCGUCCGAAAGAGUGGAAGAAAAAAAAACAUGGGAUUUAGGAUUUUCUCAAAUACAGUGUGCAUUCAGUCGGUGCAACAAGGUACAUUAUCCAAACUCAUGUAGUAAUGAAGAGGGAGACCAAGAAAACUGGUCGGUGGAGUUUCCAAGGAAUGAUAUGGUCUCUAUGCAAGAGCUAUGGAAAGUUCAUAUGGAGUCUUGUGUAGAUGCCUCGCCCCUAGUUGUGUUGAAGCAUUCGGAAACUUAUGUAUUUAUUGGGUCUCACUCACGUAAAUUUAACUGCAUCGACGCGAAAAGUGGUUCUAUCUGUUGGGAGACCGUUUUAGAAGGAAGGAUCGAAGGUUCAGCCAUGGUAGUUGGUGAUUUUUCUCAGGUCGUUGUUGGGUGCUACAAAGGAAAAUUAUAUUUCUUAGAUUUCUCAACUGGAAGCUUAUGUUGGACUUUCCAAGCAGGUGGCGAGAUAAAGUGCCAACCUGUUGUGGACACAUCUUCACAACUGAUAUGGUGUGGAUCACAUGACCACAUUCUUUAUGCCCUUGAUUAUAGGAGCCAACGCUGUGUUUAUAAGCUGCAAUGUGGUGGGAGCAUAUUUGCUUCACCCAUAAUUGCUGAGGGUCAUAGUUCACUUUACGUGGCUUCUACAAGUGGUCGCGUGAUAGCUGUAUCAAUAGAGGAUUCACCAUUCCACACCUUGUGGGUACUUGAAUUAGAGGCACCGAUUUUUGGUUCCCUAUCCAUUAGCCCGACAGGCCAAAGCGUUAUUUGCUGCUUAGUUAAUGGCCAAGUUGUGGCAGUGAGUCCGUUUGGAACUAUUAUUUGGAAGUAUAUGACUGGUGGGCCAAUAUUUGCUGGGCCUUGCAUGUCGCAUGUUCUUCCAUCUCAGAUGCUCGUGUGCUGUAGAAAUGGAAGAGUUUAUUCACUAGAACCGGAAUCCGGGUGUCUCGUGUGGGAAUACGAUAUUGGAGACCCGAUCACCGCAUCUGCAUACAUCGAUGAGAAUCUGCAUUUUGAAUCGCAUCAACUGCUUGCAUCGGACAGGUUGGUGUCUGUAUGCUCUAGCACGGGAAGAGUUCAUGUCCUUCGUGUGAGACCCAAUAUCGGCAUAGAUUCACAUGAACCAAAAGUAGGAGAAAUCGCGAGGCUGGAUUUGCAGGCAGACAUUUUCUCUUCACCAGUGAUGAUCGGUGGCCGGAUUUUUAUUGGCUGCCGUGACGACUAUGUGCAUUGCCUCUCUCUUGAGAGUUGCAGGUAA